AAAGGUGUGAUCAGAGUUUUAUACUAAUAGACGUGGUUCAAUGAGCACUGUUUGCAUUGGGAAACAGCACCAAUGAUCAAUGCUAUUAUCCUGGCUAAAGAAAUAAAAAAAGUCGAUAGACUGCCGUGACAGCAAGACUGGUUAUGACACAAGAGGCAUACGGUGAUAGUAGCAGAGAACUGUAGAUACAAAAGCACCAAGAUGCUGCUGUAUCUGUCACUUUUAAUUGGCCCCCUUUGUGUUUUGUCUAUUAACCAAUCUAGACCUUCGUACAGAUGGGGGUACUUUGAGAGUCACAUCAGCGCGCGACUUGCAAAUGGCGUGUUCGGAGGAGGAGCGGCAAAAACCUUUACCGUGCAGAAAAGGUCGGAAUGUACAACGCUAUGCAUGCGUCUUGGGCCCGAGUCGUGUGUCUCUGUCAGUUUUAACUCAGCUGAGUUGAUCUGUGAAGUUUACGAUAAAACUACUGACGACGACUCCAACACUUCUCCAGUAGCGAGUGAAGGAUGGGAGUAUUUAAAUCCAAAGUUCGGUCCCCCACAGAAACCUAUAAUUUGGGAAGCUAAAUCUCCGCACAGAAACACCAUAGAGGUCUCCUGGGCGCCAGACGUGGACGGCGGCUUUGAACAGACCAUCACCUUGGACAUCAAACUCCAGAACGCGGAUGACAGCACUUAUGUGACAAAGCUGACGGUGACAAACCCGGAGUACCUGGUCAACGUUACCACCAUCUUGACGGACUUGGUUGAGAACCUCUUCUACACCCUGCGGUUCACGUCCACCAACACAAGAACAGUUGGUAUAAACAAUGCCUCUGUCACGGUUGACGUACAGACCUUUUCUGACGGUUUCACAUGCGAAAGAUGGAAAUCGGAGGGUAGCCUAACCAGCGGUACAUAUACCAUAGAUCCUGACGGCAACGGUCCUGUGACGUCAUUUGACGUGGACUGCGACAUGACCUUUGACCCGCCCUUGACGAUCGUCCACCAUUCCAUAGAAGGGAGAAGCUCUCAGCUUGGCCCGUCACAUUCUGGCUACUACUAUCGUUCCCUGAGUUAUUCCCCCGCUACAACAGACCACGUGGUGGCGCUCGUAGACAAAGCAAGUCACUGUCACCAGUUUCGUAAAUUCGAGUGCCAUGGUGUUGGAAAUACCGGAAGCGGCACCGACCAAAGUGACAGGGACGGAGCCUACCAGUUCUGGGGCGCCUAUUUUGCCGGCGGCUCCCCAGUAUCUAAAUGCCUUUGUGGAAAAUAUUCAGCAUGUAGAAAUGGGAGAUCCGACUGUGCCUGCAUGGCCAACGAUGUCGUUUGGCGAGAAUCUGCGGGAUACCUUCAGGAGAAAGUGGUCCUUCCCAUCGUGAAUACAAGAAUAAGUGACAUUGACGGUACCAAUGAAAUGGGAUUCGAGACACUGGGGCCGGUGGUUUGCUCUUCCUGGCCAGAAGGUCGUGAACAUCCGCUAGGGAUGGAAAACUCCCUCAUUGCUGAUUCUGCACUCUCUGCAUCAAACACCGACUCCAGUAGCCAGUGCACGGUGACCAACGGCCGAGUGGGGUCCGCCUUCGACGCGGCCUGGUGUCCACCUGCGGCUAACUUGGAUACUGACCAAUGGUUCCAAGUGGACCUGGGCAAGGUCAUGGUAGUGACCAAGGUGGCCACACAGGGUCAAGCCGGUCCGUCUAACCGCUGGGUAACAAAAUACAGUCUCCUCUUCUCAAACCUUAGUUACACUAAUUUUGAAUGCUAUACAUCUGGAAAUGGCACUUGUAAGGUUUUCAAUGGCAACUGGGACGGUGACGCAGUGCGCACUAAUUACCUAAGACCUGCGGGUACAGGCAGAUAUAUACGCUUCAAUCCCAAGGCUUGGAACACACACAUUAGCCUUAGAGCAGAAGUAUAUGGGUUUGAGGCAGGCUAUACUAACACCAGUGACAUUCCCACUGGUCAGUCGGUCACUCUCACCUGUCCAACGGGCACUUGGCUUGACAUCCAAGACGCAUUUUAUGGAGACGAGAGCCAAAACUGCCGUGCCACACAAAAGAACGCCAUCAAGGCAGUUAAGACACCAUGUCAACAGCGUUCGACCUGCACCGUCACAUCCGGGACCUCCCUCUUUGGAGAUCCGUGUUCCUCAGUGAGCAGCAAAUAUAUGUGGAUAACGUAUAAAUGUGUCUCCAUCCUCAGUUCUUGCUACGAAUACUAUAUGCACGGAUUUACGUACAGCGGUCCCUUUGAAAUUGAUCCAGACGGUCCAAACAAUGGCGUCGGGCCGUUCAUCGUGGAGUGUGACAUGACGUCGACACCACCUGGGAAGACGUUAAUUCACCAUAAUAGAGAGAGCGAGUCCGGGACUAUUUCGGGUCAUGAAAAUUGCGCCGGUUCAGGCUACACGGCCACUGUCACCUACUAUGGGGUCACCCUUACCACCCACAUACCACCCUUCAUGAAUACCGUUGGUGCCUGCUCUCAGUUUGGUAAAUACCGCUGCAAUGCAGCCUCUGGUGUAGGGACCACGUGCACUUGGGCCAAAGACAGAGGUGGUACUCAAAUCCCGUAUUGGGCCGGUGGAAAUGCAAAUCACAAGUGCGCAUGUGGGGUCGCUGGGACUUGUGACAAUGGAAGAACCGAUUGCAGUUGUAAUCAAAAUGACAACGCCGAAAGAGUCGAUCAAGGUUAUUUUACCGAUAAAUCGUUGCUACCAGUGUCGUUCAUUCACGUCGGAGACACCGGAGACGCCAGUGAAUGGGGAAGAUACACGUUUGGGCCUCUGGAAUGUGAACCAGCAUUGCCGUCUUGUACCGAAUGGAAGCGAUUUACCUCCACGAGCGGAACUUACUGGGUUGAUCCAGACGGAGGCGGCGGCGUGGACGCAUUCCAAGUUCAAUGUGACAUGUCCACCAACCCGCCAACAGCCACGUUCAGCCAUGACCAUGAGGCCCGCACUCACGUGAGCGGAUAUGACCCCGCGUUGAGCUACUCCGCCACGCUGACUUAUGAUGAUGCCAGUGUUGAACAAGUGGCCACUUACGUCGACUACGUUGGUGAGAGCUGUACGCAGCACGUGAAGUAUGAAUGUUACCACUCUGUUAUAUCGGUUAAUAAUGGUACAUUAAAUUACGCUGCCUGGUACGACCGCAAUGGACAAGUGGCACAGUUCUGGCCUGGCGGGGACCCCGACGGCGUGCCUUUCAACUGCGCAUGCUCGCAAAAUGGAACCUGUGCCAGCUCAGCACAUAACUGUAACUGUGACCUGAACGAUUCUACAUGGAGGGCUGACGAAGGCGACGUGACCGACCCCAGUUACUUGCCGGUAUCCAAGGUUGAAUUUGGCGACACCGGAGGAGGCGAGGAGGGAUAUCACACCGUGGGCCCACUGGUAUGUCGCGGAUAAUUCCACCAGGGAUGCAGAAGUGAUUUUUUUUCCUUUUAAUUAAUUUAAAAACCCGGUUUUUCUUCUCAAUCCGCAGUCGAUAACAGAAGUACUGCGUUACUGGCAGAAUGUCAACCCCCCCCCCC